GGCCACCCAAUGAUGGAAUCCUAAAAAAAUUUCCGCACAUCCCAAAAAAGCAUCUCCAUUACCCAAAAUCCCCCCUAUUCCUAUUCCUAUUCCAAGUUCCAACCACCAUUACACCAAUCCAUAGUUUCCCCCUUCCUCCAUUCUCCACCCAAAAAUGUCAACUCGGAAACUAAUACACCACACUCUCCGUCGCACAAACCACCACUCUCUCUCCUCUCGCCACCAUGCCACCCUCACUCCCACCUCCUCCACAUCCCCCUCCACUCCCUCCCCACCUCCUCCCACCCACAUGAUCUACGAUCGUUUAGCUGAAUCCGUCAAAUCUAAGAUCAAACUCCUCGAAAACCCCGACCCACGCUUCUUACGCUACGCCUCACCUCAUCCUACCUCCGCAGAUCACUCUCAGAUCCUCAAGUUUCCCGACACUCGUGUCACCGUUCUUCCUAACGGCCUCCGAGUUGCCACCGAGUCAAGACUCGCUGCUGGAUCGUCUUCUGUAGGUGUCUGGGUUGACUCCGGAAGUAGAUUUGAAUCUGAGGAGAAAAGUGGUGUUUCUCAUUUCUUGCAACGCGUCGUUUUGAUGUCUGAGGUUGAGGAUAUGGCUAAUAUUGGCGCGCAAUUGGAUGGUUUUUCUGAUAGAGAGAUGUCUGGAUUUGUUGGUAAGGUUGGAAGUCAGAAUUCUGGGAAAUUGGUUGAGGUUUUGGGCAACUUGUUGCAGAUGAAGGAUUUUAGUGAUGAUACAAUCGAGAAAGUUCGAAAUGCGAUCCUUAGGGAAAAAGAUCAGAUGGGUGUUGAAGAUGACCAAGUUAUCUUGGACCAGUUACAUGCUACUGCUUUCCAGUAUACUCCACUAGGUAGGACAGUUCUUGGAUCUGUGGAUGAUGUAAAGUCAAUUACUAAAGCGGAUAUUGAAGACUAUAUCUCGUCUCACUGUGCUGCCCAUAGAAUGGUGGUUUCUGCUUCAGGAGCUGUUAAGCAUGAAGAUGUCGUGGAACAAGUGAAAAAAGUCUUCACAAAACUGUCAGCUAAUCCUGCCACAACUUCUCAGCUAGUUGCCAGUGACCCAGUUAAUUUUACUGGAUCAGAGGUGAGGAUGAUUGAUGAUGAUCUUCCCAUUGCACAAUUUGCUGUUGCAUUUGAAGGAGCUUCUUGCAAAGACCCAGAUGCCAUUACUUUAAUGGUCAUGCAGACUAUGUUAGGUUCAUGGAGUAGAAAGGAAGAGAGUGGAAAGCAUGUGGGCUCAGAGCUCGUCCAGAUGACUUCCAUUAAUCAACUUGCCGAGAGCAUCAAGACAUUCAGUAUCAAUUACAAAGACACGGGUCUCUUUGGUGUCUAUGCAGUGGCCAAGCCUGACUGCUUGGAUGAUCUUUCAUAUGGAAUUAUGCAUGUAAUAAGCAAGUUGUCUUAUCGAGUUUCAGAUGAGGAUGUUAUUCGUGCACGUAAUCAGUUGAAGUCUUCUCUUCUUCAUAGCAGCAGUGGAGUCAAUGGAGUUGCUGAAGACAUUGGGCGACAGUUGCUAAACUAUGGAAGAAGAAUCCCUUUUGCUGAACUAUUUGCAAGAAUUGAUGCAGUGGACGCAAGUGCUGUGAAACGUGCGGCAGAUCGCUUCUUAUUUGAUAAGGAUAUUGCAAUUGCUGCUAGAGGACCAAUCAAGGGAUUACCAGAUUACAAUUGGUUCAGGCGCAGAACAUACUGGCUACGCUACUGAAUUUGCUGUACUUUUUGGUUAUUUGGAAAUAUAUGUUGCACCUUCUUGGUUGGGUGAGAAAAAUUUGGCCAUCACCGACACCAACAGCCGUUUUAAGAGAAAUAAGCAUAAUAAGCACUAAUUUUAUGUACUGCAGUGUUGACACUGGCAGAUAUGAGUACACUAUUUUUUUGGUAGAUAUACAUGGGCUUGUGCUCUAAUUUUUUUUGUAUAUUUCUUUCUUUCAGAGCUCUGUGAAAAGGAAUUACACUUGCCUCCCUUCUCUUUUCUACUCCUACAUUUACAUAAAAAGGAAGAGGCGACUUUUUCUUUCUUUUGUUUA